UUUCCCUCUUCGUCAUCUUCCAUCUCCCACUCUUACCAUCAUCGCUCUCAGCCUUUCUUUUUGGACUGAUGCCACACUUAGAUCCACAUUAUUAUGCUACAUAUGUGUAGCAGCAGAAGCAGCCCGGGACUGUGAAGCCAGUCAUCACGGUGUACACAGUAUGCCUUUCCUCAACGGCGUCAGUCGAAAGCGACGCCCGUCGUGCCCGACCCCAGCACCAUCACCAGCGCGAUCAGUGAGUUCGCCAGUAUCCAAAAUGCCUAAACUCAAUCAUCUGCUGUACGACGGAACAAAUUCUCGGUCGAUUGAAUCUACCAGUACAGGACGGUCAAAGGUCAGUGUCAAGAAUCAGUUCAAGAGACGGGUGUCCAAUAUCAAGACAAUCCUGGGAAUUGGAGGAAGACACGACGAUGCAGACUUACAACAUCAUUCGGAGACUGUCUUCACCUCAGGCCAUGGCUCACAGUUGGGUUACAUUCUUCAGAAUGACUCCAAUGCCACCACUCUGUAUCAUCCCUUACGGAUCCGUUUGACCGCUGUGGACGAAGCCCCUGCCGAGCAUACGCAGAGUGAUGCCCUCUCGACUGUAAAGAGUGCACCUAUAACCCCCGAACCACAGGAAGACGAGAACUUGAUACCGACCGAAUGGCCAGGCUUCUCAGAGGACGUUCGACGGACCGUUCGCCGCAGUCAAUCAUUACCAGGUCUACACCAACGUAUCACCCAGAAGUUUCAUCAAGCCUUCGGCAACCCUACUGUCGUGCGAAGAACUGAUUUGCGUUCUCGACCAAGUCUACAAACAUUUGCAAACGACGCAACCGAGCCAAUUUCAGCCCAAUUGUCAUCGGCCCCCUCCACUGUCAACAGUGGUACCGGAACCCCAUACAAUAGAGCCACAUCAACGCCGUUGACCUCUAUGCCCGUCACUCCGACCUCAAUGGCUCGACGGGACUACAUGAACUCAUUCGACAUUGACACUCAGACCUACUUUGCCGAAAGCCGGCUUUUGACGCCCAUCCCUGAGACCGCUGCCCUUCCUACCGUCACAAUCAAAACAGUGGAGGCAGCUGCGGCAGCCAAGGUUUUCUUCGAGAUGCACUUCAACACUCUCCUGAAUGCUAUACCUGCAAGAGCACUUCGGCGUCGGGAACUAGAGGUGCGAAUUCUUCAGCACCACCUACCUGUGAGCAGUCAAUAUCGUGCCAGAGCAGCAUGGGCGCGAGCGGAGAGUGACAAUCUCCGACAAAGUCGAGUUCUCAAGAACUCGGCAAACCAUGAAAAAGCAAGCCAAGGCAUCACUAUCGGAGGCUUUGAUGUCAUCAGCGUCCUCGGCAAAGGCAGUUUCGGUGUUGUCCGUCUUAUCAAGGGCACGAACAGCAAGGACAUAGAGGAAGAUGAAGACGCGGACGAACAGAAGAAGAAGCCACACCCAAAGUCAUCAGCUUCAUCGUCGAGAUUGGCCAGCAGGGCACCAGGCGGCGUAGUCUUGAACAAAAGAAAGCAGCUUGCCAACUCCAGGAAGGAAGUCUUCGCUAUGAAAGUGAUUCGCAAGUCAGACAUGGUUCGAAACGGCCAGGAGGGACAUCUACGAGCGGAAAGGGAUUUCCUUGUCGCAGCAGAAGGAUCAAGAUGGGUCAUCCCACUGAUUGCUGCAUUCCAGGACCACAAGCAUCUAUAUCUCGUCAUGGAAUACUGUAUUGGUGGAGACUUUCUGGGUCUCCUCAUUCGAAAGAACGUUCUCAGCGAAGAAAUCACCAAAUUGUACAUUGCAGAGAUGGUACUAUGCGUGGAAGAGGCGCACCGAAUGAGAUGGAUUCACCGUGACGUGAAGCCUGACAAUUUCCUCAUAUCGGUGGAUGGCCAUUUGAAAAUCUCCGAUUUUGGCCUUGCCUUCGAUGGUGAAUGGAGCCAUGACCAAAGAUUCUAUCACGAAAGCCGCCACUCCCUUCUAGGUCACUUGGGGCUCGACAUUGAAGGUGAUGAACAAGACAGACGCGAAAAGGAGCAUAGGGGAUCGAAAGACAGUGCCGCUUGCACCACCUCAAAGACUUCUCACAGAACACCUUUCAUGGCGUCGGACUCCCGAGACGAGCCUAUGAUCGGCGAACCCAUCGUGGACUGGCGAAAUCGGUCCCAGCGUCGCCGCCUGGCACGGUCUGUGGUGGGAACGUCGCAGUAUAUGUCUCCAGAAGUCAUUCGUGGAGAGAUGUAUGAUGGUCGUUGUGACUAGUGGAGCCUCGCUAUCAUUGUGUACGAAUGUCUUUACGGUUACACACCAUUCGCCUGUGAAGAUCGUCACCAGACCAAGAUC